AUGCGAGUCGGAACCAAACUUGCUUCCAUGACCUAUGCCAGAUACAUUGGAAUGGAUUACUAUUACGAUGCUUUUCCUCAAUAUUUAUGUGAACUUGAACCAUUGACAAGUUCAGGAUGGACAUGUUCACACUUUCUCAAUGACACUUGGCUUUCACAAACGGCUGUGGAAUUUUCACAAUUAUCCUCUCAUUUCCAUUCGAUUGUGUUUUUAAAUUCCAUUCCAAAUAAGAAUCAAAAUGACAACAACAGUUCGCCGAUUUCCACCACAGAUGAGAGAAUGAAACGAUUGGUCUUGUCGAAAGGUCUUUCAUUUCUUUCACUUCUUUCUUCUCAACUCAAUCAAACGUCAUCUUUGAAUUCAAAGGAUUUACAACAACAACAACAAUUUAAACAACUCGCUGAAAGAAUUCAACUCUUCAAUUAUUGUUCUCAUUGUAAUCAUUCUGAAUUUACCAAAUUUAUGAAAUGGAGAUCUUCUAAAUUUUCUUCUUUAAAAACAUUGUUCGAAAAUGGAUAUUGCGGAGGAACAAUGUCACAACCACAUGGAAUUCCAUUCUUAUCCACUGAUUCUUCUCAACAAGUUUCCAUUGCAUGUGUAUGUCCGAAUGGUGUCAUUUCCAAUGAUUGUGGUUUCUAUAGUGAUUUUUAUUAUCCAUUAAUGAUUGGUCCUCCACUCUAUGUCAUUGAAUUAGUGGUCAUUGUAGUAUUAUUGAUAUUGACAAUCCUUUUGAAUAUCAUUCCUAACAUGAAACGAAUUUCAGAAAAUUAUUCGAAAUUUAUCAUUCAUGGAAAUCGAGAAUGGAAAAGAUUUCUUUUUGGAAUGGCUGCUGAUUUCAAACUGUAUACCAAUCUCUUGCUCGUUGUUUCAUUACUGAGCUCAGCUUCGACUAUUUCAUGCAGAAUGGCCAAUCAAAUUGAAGCAGCAACGAUUUUACAGAGUUGUACUGGAGUGUUUUUGUUUGUGGCGUCCUUAUAUGUGCUAUUUUCAUGGAUUGAUGUGAUUCAUAUUGCACUCAAAAGUAGAGCGAGUUCAUCUCCAAUCAUUGUAUUAUGCUGUCAUUUGGUUGGCAGUUUCUUAAUCUUACUCUUAACCAUCUAUGUCGUGAUGAGUAUUGUAUCCUAUUCCAUGAAUAAUAUUUUUGGAGGAUUUGUGUAUGCAUUUGUGGCGCUCAUUGUAGUACUCUCAAUUGUGUUUUGGAUUUUAUUGCUUAUUGUGGCAGGAAUUUUAAUGAAAAUGUUAUCAAAAACUCAUAAGGUUCGACUUUUAGAAUAUCGAUUUACCAAGUUUGUGAUUUAUAUCUGUAUUUGCUUUUUGCCAAUGUUUGUUCAAAUUGCAAAUAUUAUAAGUAUUGGAAUUAAUGAAGCUUGGCGAUGUCGAUUCUAUAACGCACUCGAGUAUCAUUUGCUAACCUUUGUCAAUAAUACUCUCUCAAUGGGAUUCAUUUACAUUGUUUUCUCUAAGGAAACAUUUUUCAAGACCAUGAUUGGAAAAGGGUGUAAAAAAGCGAUUGAAAAGUAUUUGCCAUCCAUUUCAUCUGUCAAAGAAUCACCAAACAAGUAA